AUGCUACAUUCUAUCGCUACUAUUAAAUUAGGAGGAUCUGCCUUUAAUUGGUAUGAUAACAAUAAAGACCAUCUACAAACAUGGCGAGAUCUAAAACAACAUCUUCUUGAACGCUUUAAACCAUCUCUUUCUGCUAUCAAAACGCGACUGAAGGAAAGAAAACAACAACCUGAUGAACUACUUAACGCCUACUAUGAUGAUAUUAUUGAUUUAUGUAAACAAGUUGAUCAAAAUAUGCCGCUACAUAUGAUCGUUGAUUAUUUACAAGAUGGUAUGCGUAAUGAUUUAAAAAUACACGUUAAACGUCCCCUCAAAACGCUCGAUGAUGAACCAACACCAGGUAUUUUUUGGAAGAUCGCUCAUGAUGAAGAAGAGUUACUGAACGAAAUUCCUUCUUGAACCCAACAAUCAAUCAUUCCAACAUCCCCAUAUUUCUCACCUGUCACUGCUGUCACUCAAAAACAACAAAGCAGCUCUGAAAAUUCUCUUCAUUCACAAAUCCCUCAAAAUACUCGUACCACAGAUUACAUGCACAUUCUUAACAAAUCACGUGCCUAUCGUCCUCGUCCCACACAAACGAAUCACUUCUAUCCAUGUUUGAUCUGUCAAUGAUCAAAUCAUCGUACUAUCGACUGCUAUCAUAGACAGCCACGUGGCUGUUACAAAUGUGGUAACCAUAACCAUAAUGUUCGUGAUUGUCCCCAGGUUUUUCAAUAACUGGGACUCAAGAUGGCGGAGAUCUCAGUAAUACUAUGCCAUCAUCAUCAACAUUCUCAAACCCUUUUUUUAUUCGUGCUCAAAUCAAUCACACCUAUCAUAAUAUUCUCCUGGACACUGGUUCCAGUAUCACUAUUAUCCAUAAUCAAUUUUUGCAACGCAUAUAUCACAAUACGUUUGAACCUUCACAAAAUUCUUAUAUCUCGGCUAAUUGUACCACGAUCAACAUAAUCGGUAAAGUUCAACUUGAAAUAAAAAUUAUCGGUCUCUCCACUUUUGUAACGGCUUCUGUUGCUUCGAGUCUCGUCACUGAUGUCUUAGUAGGCACUGACUGGAUCAAUCAAUAUGUUCUAUAUAUGGAUAUCUCUACACAACGUUUAACUUUGCAAGAUACUACAGGUCAAACUACCACCACUUCACUCAUUCAAUCGAACAAUACAUCAUGUUGUACAGUCCGAUUACUCGAUCAAAUUACUAUUCCACAAUACUCCGAAUCUGUUAUCAAAGCCGCAGUACAUCUUCCAGAUAGUUCAAAUUUGUUGUUUGAACCGUCUUCAAGUUUUAGUCAAAAAGCAGUAGUACUUCCAAUUUAGGUAUCAUUACACAUUCCACUCACCCACACCCACACCUACACCCACACCCCACACCCACACCCCACACCCACACCC